AGCUGGGGUGACCUUGGGGGGGAUAAAACUGAAUUUCCCAGUGCUGGCAUUGAGCUGGGUGGCUCCAGCUGCCUUUGGGGGCUGUGACAUCGAGGUGGCAGUGGCAGCUCUGCUGUGAUGGCCAGGAGGGGACCUGGGGGUGCCUGGCUGGGGCAGGACCCGGCGCUGGGUGGGGACCGGUGGUUUUGGGGCCGAUGGUUUUGGGGGCCGAUGGUUUUUGGGGCUGUGUGAAGCAGGACUUGGAUGGUUGGAUGUGCUGGAGGUCGAUGGCUUUAAGAGAGAAGUGCUGGACACCCGUGAUUGAGUUAAAAAAGGGAUUUUUUGGGAAGGAAGAGCCGGCUCCGGGCCUGCCCCGAGCUCCGGGCAGCGCUUUUGGGAGCAGCGCUGGGUUCCCAUCCUCACCCCUGAGCCCACAUUGAGUUUAAAAAGGGAUUUUUUGGGAAGGAAGAGCCGGCUCCGGGCCUGCCCCCAGCUCCGGGCAGCGCUUUUGGGAGCAGCGCUGGGUUCCCAUCCUCACCCCUGAGCCCACAUUUUGUUUAAAAAGGGAUUUUUUGGGAAGGAAGAGCCGGCUCCGGGCAGCGCUUUUGGGAGCAGCGCUGGGUUCCCAUCCUCACCCCUGAGCCCCCGGACCGUGCUGGAGCCCGAGCGGCCGCUCUGGAGAUGCCGGAGAGACGGCGGAGCCCCUGAAAGGGUUAAGGGGUGCCGGGAGCCGCAGGAUCCCACCCAGAGCCGGGAAUCCCGCGGUGCUGAUUGAGCUCCGAGCCCAUCAAAGGCUCCGAGCAGGGACCCAACCCCCGCGGGUGCCCGGCCCGGGCUCUUCUUUGUCUGGGCGAGCAGAGCAGCGAUGUGGCUCCUCCGCAGCCUCGCCUGGGCUCUCCUGAGCCCCGUCCUGGCCACCGAGCUGAGCCCGCAGGAGAGCUCCCUGCUCAAAUCGCUGGGUCUGAGCGCCAGGCCCAGCCCCAAAAGCCCCGUGCCGGUGCCGCCCGUGCUCUGGAGGAUCUUCCAGAAGAGGAGGACGCUGCCCUGGCCGGAGGGAGAGCCGGACUCCUGUAGGGUGGAGGAGUUUAAUGUCCCCGGGAACAUCGUCCGAGUCUUCGCGGACCAAGGCCGCUUCCUCCCCGCGGGGCAGCCCCAGGGCUGGCUGUGCCUGCGGAGGCUCCUGUUCUUCAACCUCUCCGCGCUCGAGGAGGGCGAGCGCCUGACCAUGGCCCAGCUGGAGCUCCAGUUCCACCACAACUCCUACCACGGCCCGAGCCCGGGGCAGGUUUUGGAGCUCCGGCUGUACCCGGUGUCCCCCCGGGGGCAGCCCCAGCCCGGCCGGCGGCCGCUGCUGGAGCGCUCGUUCGUCCAGCUGCGCAAAUCCCUCGUGUUCAACCUGAGCGCGGCGCUGAAGGACGGCGAGCUGCCGGGCAGGGAUUUGUCCUUCGUGCUGGAGAUCUCGCUGAGCGGCCGGGCCGGGCACGCCGGGACCCCGCGGAGCCUCUGCGCCAGCACCGACGCCUUCGCGGCCACCUCGCUGCUGCUGGUGACGCUGGGCCGGCAGUGCCAGGCUGGCCGCAGGAGGAGGAGCGCCCCGAGCCCCCCGGUGACCCCCAGCCCCCUGUGCAAGCCCCGCCGGCUCUACAUCAGCUUCAGCGACGUGGGCUGGGAGAACUGGAUCAUCGCCCCGCAGGGCUACCUGGCCAACUACUGCCGCGGGGACUGUCCCUUCCCGCUGGCGGCCGAGCUGAACAGCACCAACCACGCCGUGCUGCAGACCAUGGUGCACUCGCUGGACCCCCAGGGCACCCCCCAGCCCUGCUGCGUGCCCGUCAGGCUCUCCCCCAUCUCCAUCCUCUACUACGACAACAGCGACAACGUGGUGCUGCGGCACUACGAGGACAUGGUGGUGGACGAGUGCGGCUGCAGGUAGCGGGGAAGGACGGACAGAGGGGGGA